UAAUAAACAAGUAUUAAUAGAUACUGUAUAGUUUCUACAUUACCCUCCCACUAUUCUGAUUGUGUGAGUUGGAUUUCCAAUGGAAACAUUUUUUAAGUUACAUACUUUAUUGCAAAAAAUCAUGUUGUUGGGAAACUAGUGUUCAAAUAUUAAUUGUUUAUAUUUCAUGAAAUUUCUUCUGCAAUUUCUGUAUUUCAGGUCUGUAGUUGAAGUGUUUUAGCCAUGACUAAGAGAGAUACAGAGGAGCUGAUAGAAAUAGAAAUUGAUGGAACCGAGAAACAGGAGUGCACAGAAGAAAGCAUUGUUGAGCAGACAUACACCACAGCAGAAUUUGUGAGCCAGGCUAUUGACAUCAAUGAACCAAUUGGAAAUCUUAAGAAGUUGCUGGAACCAAGACUACAGUGUUCCUUGGAUGCACAUGAAAUCUGCCUACAGGAUAUUCAGCUGGACCCAGAUCGCAGUCUCUUUGACCAAGGAGUGAAAACAGAUGGAACAGUGCAGCUUAGUGUACAAGUAAUAUCCAGGCAAGGAAUAGACCCUAAGUUAAACAUCCUUGAAAUUGUAAAGCCUGUUGAAACUGUGGAGGUAGUGAUUGAUCCAGAUGCCCAUCAUGCUGAGGCUGAAGCUCAUCUUGUUGAGGAGGCCCAAGUGAUAACCCUGGAUGGGACGAAGCACAUCACAACCAUUUCAGAUGAGACUUCCGAGCAAGUGACACGAUGGGCUGCAGCUCUGGAAGGCUACCGAAAAGAGCAAGAGCGCCUUGGAAUACCCUAUGACCCUGUACAGUGGUCAACAGACCAAGUACUUCACUGGGUGGUAUGGGUGAUGAAGGAAUUUACCAUGACAGAUAUAGACAUCAAUAGUCUUAGCAUUCCGGGGCGAGAGUUAUGCAGCCUCAAUCAAGAGGACUUCUUUCAGAGAGUUCCUCGGGGUGAAAUCCUUUGGAGCCACUUAGAACUUCUCAGAAAAUAUGUAUUGGCUAGCCAAGAACAUUCUGGAGAAAUAGCAACUGUUACUAUUGAUCAGCCUGUGCAAAUUAUUCCAGCAUCUGUACAGCCUGCUACCCCAACCACCAUUAAAGUAAUAAACAGCAGUGCAAAGGCAGCCAAAGUACAGAGAGCUCCAAGAAUCUCAGGAGAAGACAGAAGUUCACCAGGAAACAGAACGGGAAAUAAUGGCCAGAUCCAGUUAUGGCAGUUCUUGCUAGAACUUCUUACUGACAAAGAUGCUCGGGACUGUAUUUCUUGGGUUGGUGAUGAAGGAGAGUUUAAGCUGAAUCAACCUGAGCUGGUUGCACAGAAAUGGGGACAACGUAAAAAUAAACCCACCAUGAACUAUGAGAAGCUUAGUCGUGCUCUGAGGUAUUAUUAUGAUGGGGACAUGAUCUGCAAAGUACAAGGCAAGAGAUUUGUGUACAAAUUUGUCUGUGACUUGAAAACUCUCAUUGGCUACAGUGCAGCGGAAUUGAAUCGUUUGGUCACAGAGUGUGAGCAGAAGAAGCUGGCGAAGAUGCAGCUUCACGGCAUUGCACAACCAGUCACAGCAGUGGCGCUAGCUACAGCAUCCCUGCAAACAGAGAAAGAUAAUUAAGCACUAGGACCUGAAAGUAGGAGCCAGAGGCCUUUCCUAUAUACCCAGAGCAGUUACUGCUCUUAUCUUUAUCAGAAUUGGAAGCUUCUAUUAUUCUUUGGCAGUACAAUAUGAUGCAUGAUUUUCUACAAGGAACUAGGACACCCAUAAAUUUGGAUCUUUUAAGCAGCAUAUAUUUCAGUAUGAGUUAGGGGAUCACCACAGCUUUUUCAACAUGAACACUGACCCACUGUGGAAUGUAGUCUGGAAUUGGUCAGAAAAGGUGAACUGUUCUCAAUGUUGUGUAUCCAGCCCUGCAAAUAUUUGUUACUGUGUGAAGUAUAUACAGGAAACAGGCUGGUCAGUUACUUGAGUUCAACCAUUUUCACUAUUUUUAUUUGCCACUGAUUACCAAAUGGAAUCUGAUGCAUUUAAUGGUAAAGCAUAGGUUGUCAAUAAACAUGCUCAUUAUUUUCUUCCAAUCAAGCAGAGCUGAAAGAAAAGACGCAUUAAAACCUUACAAGGCAUCAAGUCUUUAAGAUAGUUUCUCUACUUAUAAGCAAAAGAAACUAAGAAUAUACUGAGCUGAAGAUCAGUGCUGAAGAAAGAGAUCCAGAUUUAAAUCUGGCUUAGGUCAAAAGCCAAUUAUGAGUAUUUCAUUUAAAUAUGUAGAUAACAUGCAUAUAUAAGGAUAAGUACAAAACUGUUUUGAAAGACAUUGUCAUGCUAGAAACUCAGUAAAAAAAAAAAUCCAUGUUUUCUUUAGUCAGGUGGUGGUUAAAAACUUGAAAAGGUUUCCCCUCACCCAAAGAGUAUCUUUUGGUUUUUAAUACUCCACAGAGUACUGAUUAGUCCAGGAUGCUCGUACCUGCACUGUAGCUGAUCCUGAUAAACUGAAGACUUAAUCGCAGUCAGCAGUCCAAUCUUGCUUAGAAACAAAAUGUAGGUUGCAAAUAAUUAUACAAAGAACUAAAGCUUGACUUUGGAAAAUAUUGAAGUUUGCUAUAUUAAAAUAUGAAAAAUACUUCUUUUAAUGAGUUUAUUUACAAACAUCAGGUAAUGUUUUGCAGCCUCAGAAACAAAACUGCAUGUUCCUGAGUUCAAAGCAGGAUAAUUGUCUGGAUAAUUUUUUACAAAAAUAUAUGGUUGCAAUGUAUCCUGAAUCCCAAGACACUGCAUGUUAUACAUAGUGCUUCAUAUACAUGGGAAGAACAAAAAUGUCUUUGCAGUUUGAGCUGUUCCUGCUGCCUUGCUAGACUGCUACUUUUGACAUCUGAAAAGUGUAUCUUUUCAGUUUUACCCACCUCCCCCUUUGUGUUACUAUACAUUUUUGCUGCUUUCUGCAAGCAAUAACUUAAAAAAAAUAACGAGCCGCUGGUAGAUGCUUUAUCCUCACUUGACUCAUAGUUAAAAUAUAAUUGGAUAAGGACAAAAUCUUUAUUUCCAUUAUGAAAGGUCAAGUUGCCCUGAAAAAUUAAGUCAAGAACCUGACUCCAUUGACAGGUGCUGAAUCUAAAAGAUACUGAAACUGAGUGGGAACAUGAGGCCAUUGUUCUUGAUAGGUGAAAAGAAGAGUCUUAUUUGCUUUCAAAGAAAAUAAAAUUGGAGAGGCUGAUAUAGCUUUAGGGUUUUAUUUCUCAAGAACCCUUCAUGAAAUGGAAUGUGUAUUAUCUAGAUCAGUCAUCAUCUCAAUGCCCCUACUUGUAGGCCUAAGGAUCUCUUGUGUGGGUUUUUUGUCUAACUUUUAAAAUAUAAC